CCGCAGCAGCAGGUGGCAGUCGCGCCUUAAUUAAGCCGCAGUAUAAUCUGAAGACGAAGACGAUUUAAUAACAUCAACAGAGCUGCACCAACAAAGAUAUUUAGCAGUGCAGCAGUGAUAAAGAAGCUGUGGAAAUGGAUACGAGAGCCUUGAGGAAUCCGUACCAUGACUAUGAUGGGAACCCUGCGUCCACACAGGGGCUGUUUGACUUCCAGGGAAAGCUCACGUCAGAGUUUGCACAGCGGCUGAGCAGCAAGGCCAGCGAGCUUUUAGCUGUCAUGGAAAAUGGGCUGAAGUCUGCUGACCAAAGCGACUGCACCAGUUACACCGGCUGGGCAGGCAUCGCUCUGCUUUACCUGCACCUCCACAACGUGUUCAAGGACCCCUCCUUGCUUCAGAAAGCUCUGGACUAUGUUAGCCGCAGUCUAAAGUGUUUGACCCGACGUCGUGACGUCACCUUUCUGUGUGGGGACGCAGGGCCCCUGGCCAUAGCUGCUGUGGUCUUCCAUCGCCUGCAGAGGGCGCAGGAGACUGAUGAAUGCAUCAACAGACUGCUGCAGUAUUACCAGCGUGUGGUGAAAGGUGAUGGCGGGCUGCCUGAUGAGCUGCUUUAUGGCCGGAUGGGUUACCUGUACUCCCUCGUCUUCAUCAACCAGCAGCUCGGGCAGGACAAGAUCCCGCUGCAGUAUAUCCAGCAGAUCAGUGAGGCCGUGCUGAUGUCAGGUAACAACCUCAGCAGGAAGUUCAGGGUCCAGAACCACAGCCCUCUGAUGUACGAGUGGUAUCAGGAGCAGUACGUCGGUGCCGCCCACGGCCUGGCUGGCAUCUACUACUUCCUCAUGCAGCCCGGCUUUGUCAGUGUGGAGAACAUCCACAGCCUGGUGAAGCCCAGCGUCGACCACGUCUGCCGUCUCAAGUUCCCCACAGGAAACUACCCUCCCUGCAUCGGGGAUGAUCGGGACCUGCUGGUGCACUGGUGCCACGGCUCCCCGGGUGUCGUCUACAUGCUCCUGCAGGCGUACAAGGCCUUCGGAGUACCCCAGUACCUGGAGGACGCCCUGCAGUGUGGAGAGGUGGUGUGGCACUACGGUUUGCUGAAGAAGGGCUAUGGGCUGUGUCACGGUGCGGCGGGGAACGCGUACACCUUCCUGGCCCUCUACCGGCAAACACAGGACCCCAAGCACCUUUACAGAGCCUGCAUGUUUGCUGACUGGUGCAUGAACUACGGCAAACAUGGAUGCAGAACACCAGACACUCCCUACUCACUUUUUGAAGGCAUGGCCGGCACCAUCUACUUCCUGGCCGACCUUCUGGAGCCAAUGAGAGCGAGGUUCCCAGCCUUUGAGGUGUAGAAGUUUCUCCACAGGUAGUCCUCACCACCAACACUUUGGGAAGAUAUAACAAGGAGGAUGCCUCUGCUCUCUGUCACACACUCACGCAUGGAAACACAACACAUUCAAAGCAACACGACACCACGCCACGUUUUUCCUGCUCUUCUCUUCUGGGAACUUUACAUGUCAUUAACAGGGAUACAGCUGAUACAUUGCAACUACAUAAUUGUCUCAAAGACAUGUCAGAGCUGAAAGCUUGAGUCGCUUUUUGAUUUUGGUGUAUUAAUUAAAUUCUUGCAUGGCUGUUGCUCAGAUUGUGACGUCUUUGAAGGUUUCAGUCUCUGGCUGUCAAAACAUAAAAUUGUGGCAAAACUAAAUGAUAUUUUGGAAAGACUUAACAACUGCUUAUUCUAUUAUUCUCUGAGAUUGAUAUGUAAAAACUAGGGAAAUGGAUGCUUUUAGUUCGCUAUUCUGUUUUCUUUCUCAGAGCCAACGGCAAAUCUGGGAACAAUGCACUAAAUAUAAUACAGUACAAGCUGUGCCAUGUGUUAAGGGAUUAACCCCGGAGUGUAAACUGUUGCCUGUCCUUUGCACUGUCUGAGCAAUAAACCAUGUGUCUUUGUACAGCU